GAUCCCCGCCCGGCGGCUGCGCCUGUGGCGCUGACGUGGCUCCCGGAAGUGGCGCUGUCGCGAGGCCGCCAUGUUGCAGCAGGACAGUAACGAUGACACUGAAGAUGUUGCAUUGUUUGAUGCGGAAGAGGAGACAACUAACAGACCGAAAAAAUCCAAAAUCAGACACCCAGUGGCAUCAUUUUUCCAUUUAUUCUUUCGAGUCAGUGCAAUUAUAGUCUAUCUUCUCUGUGAAUUGUUCAGCAGCAGCUUUAUUGCCUGUAUGGUGACAAUUAUCUUGUUGUUGUCAUGUGACNNNNAUCUUUACCAGAAUGUCACAGGUAGACUAAUGGUUGGCCUGCGCUGGUGGAAUCACAUUGAUGAAGAUGGAAAAAGCCAUUGGGUGUUUGAGUCCAGGAAGGCCUCCUCUCAAGAGAGUAAAACUGUUUCAGAGGCUGAGUCAAGAAUCUUCUGGUUGGGACUCAUUGCCUGUCCAGUGCUGUGGGUGGUAUUUGCCUUCAGUGCCCUCUUCUCCUUCAGAGUGAAGUGGCUGGCAGUGGUCAUCAUGGGUGUGGUGCUGCAAGGUGCCAACCUGUAUGGCUACAUCAGAUGCAAAGUGGGCAGCAGAAAGAAUUUAACCAGCAUGGCUACAUCGUACCUUGGAAAGCAGUUUUUAAGACAAACCACUGGAGAUGAUCAGCCCUCCUGAAGAGAGCGACAGCUGGUGUGUUCUUUACACUGGGGACAGCCGACGAGGGUUUUGACUCUGAACCUUUAGACUCAGUAUCUCUUGCAAAGAGAAGUGUUGGGUUUGUUUUUCCAUUUUAAAAUUUACUUAAAAAGAAAAGUAGUUUUCACGUUAAGUUUUUAUUUUCUUUCUAGCAUUUGGGGCUAAAAGGCAUGGUGUGGGUAGAAACAUCAUCAAAAUUUGGGUCAGGGUGCACAGUGUGUGUGCAUGCAGUUGUGUGCACGCCGUCGUGUGCAGAUGGGAUGGAGACCUUUGCAUUUUGACCCACAGAACAUAGAAGGAUGUUGUGAGUCUAUCUCACAGCUCUUAAUGUGUUUACAUAGUAUUUAUGUAGAUUAUUUUCAGAAGAAAGUUGUGCUUCCAUGGUAAGAGGAUUUUGGCUUAUGUGUAAGU